GGUGGGUGGGGAGAAACCGAGAUCAUCAGAUCAACGCAACCGGGUCUUCAGAGCUUCCAGCUAACUUUAACCCAUGAUGUUAUUAAUUCAUAUUCAUUAUUAAGUAAACCGACGAGGUUUCCCGCUGCGAUUGCUGGUUACUGAGGUGCACCGGAUCUUUCCCCUCCUGCCACAACCUCUUCCCCCCCCCCUCCGCCACCUGUGCUGUGCAGGGGUCCCGCCCGACUUCCGGUGCGAGGCCCGGAGCCGGGACUGGAGUGGAAGCGAUGAGACAGCGGCGGCGCUGAGGGUGCGAAGCGAGCGAGUGGCCGGGGGCCGCGGCCAGUGCAGCCUCCGGGGGGGGGGGGGGUAGAGAGGAGAGGGAGAAAGAGAAGAGCGAGUGAGCGGGAACGGUGCCCCAGGACCUAAGGCCACCCCUGAGGGAGGCGGCGGGCAGGCGGCCGGCCGGGCCCGGGCGAUGGCGCUGUGCGGGGCCGUGGCGGCGGCGGCGGCGGCCGCCCUGCCGUGCGAAGUCAUCGUGCACAUCUUCUCCUUCCUGCCCCCCUGGGACCGGCUGCGCGCCUCGUCCGUCUGCUCCAAGUGGCGGGAGUGCCUCUUCUACCCGUCGCUGUGGCCGGAGCUGCGGCUCCGCCUGCGCGGCUCGGCCGCCGAGCGCUGCCGCCUCGACUUCCUCAUGAAGAAGUGCGGCUCGUUCGUGCGGGAGCUGCGGGUGGAGUUCGAGAGCGGCGGCGGAGGGGGCCGGCCCGACCCGCUCAGGAGUUACAUGGACGAGGUGGUGUGCGUGUUGAAGAGCGUGAGGAGCAACCGCAACCUGCAGAAGCUCAGCGUGUUCGGCGACAUCUACCUGCAGGAGCCCGACGACAAGCACUCGCACGAAAUCCAACAAUUGAUUGAAGAGGUAUUGGGAAAUUCCAAACAUCUGAAAUGGCUCUCCCUUGGUUUUAUGCUGGAGGUAGUAACUCCCACAACACUAGCAGCCUUGCCUCAGUCCAGUGCCAACUGCAUUGAACACCUGAGUCUCCUGGAUACCCAUUUUAUUAAUAAAACCCCAGUCAUUGAGGCAGUUGAGCUGGAGCGUUUUCUAAACCUGCGAUCACUUGCAUUGGAUUUCUGCGAUUUUACUGCUGAAGUAACACGAGUACUCGCCAACAGCAACCAUGUGCCUUUGCAUAGGUUGUCUCUUGUAAUACAUCAUCUCUCGAUGUCCAACAUACACGUUUUAGAUAACAUGCCACAAGAUGCAGAUUGGAAGGUGCUUACCAGGCACUGUGCAAAUCUUCAUGUUUACAUCAUGGCCUUUAAUGUCAGGAAUGACAUUUUGCUAAGAAUUCUGAAGCCAAGCAUACCUUUAGGGAGAAUUCACUUUGACAGCUCGACUAAUGGUGUUUCAGGUGCCGUGGUAGAUCUCAUAUCCAGGCAGUAUGACAAAUCCCUUACCCACUUCCUCCUAAUAAAGGAUGUAGAGCAAGGCAUUAAUGGUUUUCCAGAUCUCAGCGACAACCGCAAUGAAGACCCUUUGGUGCUUUUGGCGUGGAAGUGUACAAAGCUUUCCCACCUCUCAAUCCAUGGUUAUGCAGUUUGGGCCCAUAAUCUUAUCGCUAUAGCUCGGCUUCGUGGACCUGAGCUGCAAGUCCUGGAGGUCACUGAGGAAAGCAUUAAUUUUGAUGAAGAUGCAAUGGCUGACCUGGAUGGAGAUCCUGUGCAUAAUCUCAUUGAAGAAGUAUCCAUAGGUUUAGGAAGGCGGUGGCACCCAGUGAUGAAAAAUGAAACCCUUUACGUUUUCAGUGAGACCACUCGUUAUUUUUACAAAGAGAUGCAGCGCUUCAGUGAAGGCAUUUAGCAUUUCAAAACUUGUGCAUUAGAGGGCCCUGCGUUUUUCAGUAAUAAGUUAACAUUUACAUGUGCUGUUAAUUAGUAUUAGUUAUAAAUAUAUAUACUUGUUUAUCCUGCUUAAUCUGUAAAUGUAGUUGGUAUUGGUUUAGAAGUAGAUGUGGCAAGAGUCACUGGAUUUUCUCUGUCAGCGCCUGUGUCAACUGCCAAAGAAAACAGAAUGAAGAAGUGCCCACAUGCUGGCAGGGGCAGGCCAAUGGCUGGUCAGCCAGAACCUACGAGUUUAAAAGGUCGAAUUUUCGACCUGCGGUACACAGCUGUGCUGUGGCUCAGUCAACAACUUUACAGCUCUUAAAUGAACGUGCACCUGGUUCACUGUGAAUAGUGAAUACAAAAAAUCAGUUCUAACAAAGCUAUGAGCUGCUGCUAUGAUUUUUGAGAACAUUCCACUAGGAUAACUUUUAAAAUCUUGUUAAAGCAAGAGGCUUUAAAAGCCGCAAUGUUCAGGGCAACCGCGGGUACAGUCGUGGUCUCUGUGAGACUAGCACCUGACCCCAGUUUUAAGUGGUACGAAUGUUGUGCAUUUAAUGUAAAGGACAGCCAGUAUUACUCAGUGUGGCCAUCAUGCUGCCCAGCAGUGCUGUGACCUGGCUGCUUUGUAUAAGCUUGUAAAACAAAUUUACUGUAUGCAACAUAUGUCAAGAUUCUAUUUAUGAAGAAAGUGUGAGUGGUGAUUGUUUCAAAUGGUUUUACCAUCUUGUGUCAAAGAUGAUGCGUUUUGACAGGUGUGCAUUAUGUUGCGUGUCUCCAGUGAUUAAUGCACUUACCAUGCGGAUUUUAUAUGUACAUCUGUAGAGUGGAUCCUCUGGUGCAAUGUAUGAAAAUGCCAGAUGUGGUGAGAUUUUAUCAUUGAAUGAGAUCAUAUGAAAUACUGACAGAAAAUGUGAGGAAAGCAGUUGAAUGUUAAAUUAAUGUUUAAAGUUUGUGUUGACUGCUGAUUGUUUUAAUCUAUCAAUAAAGCAUUCAAAUGUCUUAUUUACGUAAUGUUUAGUGCUAAAGUUUUGGGAAUUUACAAUAAUGUUUUAAGCUUUAUCAUGUGUAGACUUUGCAAAAAGUUGCAUGUACUGACAGUAAACAUUGAUUGGUUUAUAAGUCUAAACUAUUUUACAUACACUUUGAAUACUGUAUUAGUACUUGCAGUAAAGUGUGGUUACAAACUAUAUCACUGAUUUUUGCUCCUUCUACCAUGCUACCAUCCUUCUACCAUGCUAAAUGUGUAGCAUUUCAAAUACAAAAUUGCAGUGAUCUUUUGAGGGUUCAUUACCAUAAUGAUUCCACAACACAUUUUAUUACAAUACUCUUCCUCACAACUGUGAUGAUGUGGAAAAGAUUUAAACAUAAUUAAAAGAACUGAGCCCUAGGGCUUGUUUGGAGACUUUGCCACAAUGUUUUUUUGUAAAUUGUUUGCUUCAUGGUAUGCUCUUCUAUAUCAUGGAAUGUUCUGACUAGACAGAAAAAGUUGUUUGAUGGCAGUAAUUGAGGAAUGUUGUUCUAUGCAGAUGGUAUAGAAGCAGUGGCUUAUGUACUUGCCUGUUAGGAAUAGAAAUUGAAAUAUGGGGAAUUUGUGGCAAGUGAGAAAUUUGUGGCUACUAGUUCCAUUAUUAUAGACUAGUAUGUGCUUAGGAUGUACCCAGAAGGAAAUUGUAUUCACUGUUUAGUGUCACUUAAAUUGUGUUGGCUGGAUUUGAGGAUCUCUGGUGGGACCUUCAGAGACCAAAUAGAAUUAAUGAACUAUGCUAGUUAUACUUGCAGUUAAUGUUUGCUGGACUUUACCAUGGUUUAAGGAUUGGAUUAUUGAUAAAUUGCAAAAUUGGUCAUCUGAUUAUUUAUCUUGAUUUCCAAAUUGAGUGACAAAUGUUAUUGGAACUUGUUUGAGAUCCUUUAGCUCUUGGUUAACUUAGUGAGGGUUGCCCCACCCUAAAAUGUGCCUCUUCAAUGUUGAUUCAGCAAGGUUUGGAUCCUCUAGUUAGUGCAAGAAAAAGUAUUCAAGGCCAGUAUAGUCAAGAAUGCUGCAGGUGGCCAUAUCACUUGGACUGCUGGUGUUUAGGGAUUUUGAAUUGUUUGUCCAUUGUGUUUCUCACCAUUGCUUCUUUCAAAUUGUUUGUGAUUCAUACGAAAAUUUUUAAGAGGUCUUUGUAGCUACUUACACAACAGCAGUGUUAAGAUUACAUGAAUCCUGAAGCAUUGCCUGACUGUCUCCCUACCACAUGGAAGCUCAGAUUAUCAGAUUUAAUAUUUCACAAUUUGCCAUUUACAACUAAGAGUUGGAAAUGAUGCUGACCAUUGGUUCUAUCUCAAAUACAUCAUUAGACUAAAGUAUGCAAAUUAUUACUGGUGUGCUUCCUUCAGUGAGCUGUUAUAUUGCUUUUGUUUUUUGUUUGGAAGUAUAUGGAUGAAUGGUGGUUCGAUGGUGAAUAAAUAGUCCACCAUUACUUGUUUUCUCAGGAUAUCCCCUUGUUAGAGAAGUAUAAGUGGCAUCUUGAAGCAGAUCGAGAGUUUUAGUCUUACAACAGUUACAAAACAGUUUCUAAUGGCUGAUUUCAUUGCCUUUUUUAGGUUAAGAACAAUUAAUGUUCAAAACUGACAAAUUUAAUGCCUAAGAACUAAGUGGAUAGGGAUAUUAAGUGGAUGUGAAAAACAACUUGUAAAAUCCCAUGACAGUUUACCUUCAUUCCUAUGUACAUAAAGUUGUAUGAAAAGAAUUGCACAUCUAAAGUUAAUUUUGUUUAAAUCAAACUUGUUUUUAUUUUCAGUAUGUUACAAUAAACAUUUUUACAUUCUAAA